AUGGUAGGGGCGGGGAAGCAGGGAGGACAUCAGAGUGGCUGUCCUCCACAGACUGUGGCCUUGCAGACUGCUCAACCCCGCGUGGGGUCCUGUGGGACUCCCACCCACGGCAGCCUCUUGCUUCUUCUCUGCCUCGGGUGGGUGCUACUUUCCAGGGCCCAGGCUGCAGACACGGAACUGGGUGUCAUGACCCCAUGGCUGCAAUGGGACCUGUCCUGGCAGCGGCCUGAGGUGACCGUCAUCCUUCUGAGGGCCCAGCGGUGCACAGAGAAGAAGGCCUGCCCCCCGGGGCGGAAGGCCCAAGUGUUGGACGAAAACCUUGUCUUCUACGAGGAGUGGGAGCUGGAGGCUUGUGUGGACGGAGCCCUGCUGGCCGCUCAGAUGGACCAGGUGAACCUGGUGCCCUUCACCUACCAGCAGCUGCACAUUUUCAAGCGCAAAUUGGAUGAGUUCUACCCACAGGGGUACCCUGAGUCCCUGAUCCAGCACCUGAGGUACUUCUUCCUUUGGGUGACCCCCGAGGACAUCCACAAGUGGAAUGUGACUUCCCUGGAGACCGUGAAAUCUCUGCUCAAAGUCAGCAAAGGGCAUGGGAUGGAUGCUCGGGUGGCCGCCCUCAUUGCCCUCUAUGUAGGGGGAGGGGGCCAGCUGGACAAGGCCACACUGGACACCCUGGCCACCUUCCCCGCUACCUACCUGUGCCUCCUCAGCCCUGAGCAGCUGGGCUUCAUGCAGCUCAACGUUGUUUGGGCGACCAGGCCCCAGGACCUGGACACAUGCAGCCCAUGGCAGAUGGCUGUCCUCUACCCCAAGGCCCGCAUCGCCUUCCAGAACAUGAGCGGGUCUGAAUACUUCACAAGGAUCAAGCCCUACCUGGGUGGGGCCCCCAUGGAGGACCUGUGGGUUCUCAGUCAGCAGAACAUAAACAUGGAUGUGGCCACAUUCAAGAAGCUGCAGAGAGAGGCUGUGCUGCCGCUGACCAUUGCUGAGGUGCAGAAACUUCUGGGUGCAAACCUGGUGGGCCUGAAGGCUAAGGAGGGGAACAGCCCACUGCGGGACUGGAUCUCCUGGCAGUCGCAGGAGGACCUGGACAAUCUGGGGCUGGGGCUCCACGGCGGCACCCCCAACGGCUACCUGGUCCUGGACUUCAACGGUGCAGAGGACUCCUCCGGAGGCCCUCACCUCCUCAGACUAGGACCUGGACCUGUGCUCACUGUGACCCCAAGUCGGCUCCUGGCCUUGAUCCUGAACUGA